UUUAAAGCAUCCACAACGUGCCAACCGUUACCGUUAGAUCGCAAAUCAAAGCACAUAGAAAAUGUCGAAAAUCUUCGCUCUUGCCGUCAUCGCUCUUAGCGCCACCAUCUGUUUGACGAACGCUCUGCCCGCUGUCAGUGAGCUGUACGGUGCCCCUCAUCACGGUGCUGGCGGUCGUGGUGGUGGUGCUGCCAGCAGUGCCGACGCUCAUGCCGAAAUACGCAGCCUCACCAACGACCUGAAAGAAGACGGCAGCUACAAUUACCAAUUCGAAACCAGUAACGGUAUUGCGGCACAAGAAUCUGGCGUUGGCGGACAUUAUGCCACCGGCUCUUCACAAUACUAUUCGCCAGAGGGUCAAUUGAUCCAGCUCACAUACACCGCCGAUGAGAAUGGCUUCCAACCACAAGGUGCUCAUCUGCCCACACCACCACCAGUGCCAGAAGCUAUCCUCAAGGCUUUGGAAUACAUUCGCACUCAUCCAUACCAGGAGGAACAGCAACAAUCUUAUGCUUCGCAGCACUCUCGUGCAUCGGCACCACAACAACAAUAUGGCGCUCCCUAUCGCAAAUACUAGAAAUAACAAUUGACAGUAAAGUAAACGUAAAAUAACAUAUUUGUGCUCAAGUUUAAAUGCUUAGGAUUACUCUCUUGUAUUUUAAUACUUUAUACAUACUCUCUCAGUCAUCUGAUUUUUCGACAUGUUAAAAACUAUUACUAAAUUCCGAAGAAGUCAGUCACAGUGGUUAGAUUUUUUUACUUGUAAACCUAAAUGUUUUCUGUUAACAAUUUCCUUUAUAUGCAAUGCCAGCAGAUGUGAUAACAUGGCUAGUUGUUGAACUUUGUGAGCUGAUGCGCGUAGACGUGACAUCAUAAAACAUAACCUCUUUCUUCACUUUGUUAGUUUAAUAUACGUAUAGUAAAUAAAUUUUUGUAUUGAGUAUUUA